AGACGGGGAGAGAGACAGACGAAGAGCACACACACACACACACACACACUGUGUGAGAGAGCGCGAGCUCAGUCUGAGGUACGCGUCGUCGUGUCCGGUUGCUCCGUUUCUCAGCACACGACAAACAAAACGGAUUUAAAAAGUUGAUCGAUUGAAUUAUUUUUUUUCAGACUAAAGGUAAAAGAUUGCGAUUAUUUGGCACGCGCGAGGCGACUUCGGGAUCGCGCGCCUCAGUUAGUGCUCGCUGGAGAUGGACACGCGGAGCGGCGCCGCGGGGGGAGGCGAGCCGGGAGAGUAGAGAGAGAGAGAGAGAGAGAGAGAGAGAGAGCGGAAAAUCUGCAGAGGAGACAGACACAGAACUGUUUGGGAUUAAAACUCUGUUAUUGCUGAUAUUUUCUGGUGAAUUUCUGGAGCUUUGGUGAAGCCGAGAGCACUUUUUUUUCUGGAAGCGCGAGGAGAAAACACAACAUUUAACACACUGGGAGUUUGAACAGCGCGAGACCUUUUAAUCCCCCCGGGAAUCCAUUCGCUAAAAACAUAAACAACAACAAGAAGAAAAACAUUCUUUUGAAACAUUUCUGCAGUGUUGCUCCGUAAAGGAAACGGAAGGAUUUAACUGACUGACCGGGAAAAGGGAAUCGGUUUGCAGUGAGGACUGACCGGAGGACCGGGACACAACUCUCACUUUCACACCGCGGGCUUCCUUCUUUUAAAUACUUCUGAACGGUUUUAAUGUGAUAAAUCGAUCCACCGAGGAAUAAUUUAGCUGGAGAAGGAUUUGUACCACAGCGGGAGAAUAUUAUGGACACGUCGAUGUUUUUAACUUCACGUUUCGGACCAGAGGAAAUUAAUGACUAGGCUUUAGAACGGCUUUUUUCCCCUCUUGCAGUUCUACAGUUAUUUUGUUUUGAAAUAAAAGAAUAAGCCGAAUAGAUGAUGGAGGCGGUGACGCGGCCGAUCUUUCAGCCUCAUCCGGGACUGCAACAAACUCUGAAACAGUUCCACCUCAGCUCCAUGAGCUCUCUCGGCGGCCCCGCGGCUUUCUCCGCGCGCUGGCAGCACGAGGUUUUCGGUAAGGACGGAGAGGAACUCGAGCGCGCGGCCGCGGCGUCUGUGGCAGCGGCUGCGGCGGCCGCGGCUGCGCACGUGCCCCCGCCGAGGCCGCCCCCGGUGCUUCCGGUGCCGCUGUUUAUGGCGAGUGACCGGAGUACGGAGCGCUGCGAGACGCUGCUGGAGGGAGAGAGCAUAUCGUGCUUCGUGGUCGGUGGGGAGAAGCGGCUGUGUCUGCCGCAGAUCCUCAACACGGUGCUGCGCGACUUUUCCCUUCAGCAAAUCAACGCCGUGUGCGACGAGCUGCACAUCUACUGCUCGCGCUGCACUGCCGAGCAGCUUGAGAUUCUCAAGGUCGUCGGGAUCCUGCCGUUCUCCGCGCCGUCCUGCGGCCUCAUCACCAAAACGGACGCAGAGCGACUGUGCAAUGCACUGGUGAGGGCAGGCACGCGCUCCCGGGGCGCCAAGGAGCUCGAGGUGAAGGGCUUCAAGGUGUACCACGAGUGCUUCGGGAAGUGUUCAGGGAUCUUCGUGGCGGAUCUCUACACGAGUCCCGGAGCCGAGUGUAUUCAGUGCACGGAUUGCGGGGUCAUGCACGCGCCGCACAAGUUCGUUGUGCACGGGCACAAGUCUCUGGAGAACCGGACUUGCCACUGGGGCUUCGACUCGGCCAACUGGAGAGCCUAUGUUCUCCUGAGUCCUGAGUACGCCGAGAAGGAGGAGAACGCCAAGCUGGAGGCGAUGCUGCACGAGCUCAAGGAGAGGUUCGACUUCGCCAACAAGUACAAGAGGAGAUCUUCAGGGGUCCUGGAUGCUGUUCCCAUUAAAAAGUCUAAGCAUGAUGAUUUCUCUCACUCGCCUUCAGCAGAUAAAGACAAGAAACCUGAUUGGUUGCGCUCUCUCUCUGCCUCAGCCAAUAAGGGUUUUAAUUGCAUUCAGCCACGACAGAGAGUGUCUGCGUUCAGGCCCUGGUCUCCGAACAUCACAGAAAAGGAUGGAGCUUCAAAAGCAGCUAGCCUGGCACGGGACAGUUUCUAUAACUAUAAGUCACUGGAGAACUCGGUGGCUCCGAACGUAGCUCUGCCUCCGCUACAGAAGGGGGUGCCGGUGUCUCUGUCCAUCCUGAAUCCCACGAGCCGCAGCGAGGAGCGCGCUGAGGGACAUGGAAAGACCCGGAAGAGGAGGAUAACAGGUGAGGGUCAUCCAGGACAUGCCACCCCCAGCCACGCCCAACAAAGCCACGCUCUUUCUCGAGCACCUCCACCCAUGACAGAGGAGCAUGACUCGGACGUGGAGGUGGAGGUUCGAGAUGAAGUGACCUCCUCGUUGUCAUCCCUCUCAUCUCCUUCGUUCACAUCCUCCAGCUCCGCUAAGGAGCUCAGCUCCCCGGGAGUCUCAGGGGUCACAGGGAUCUCCGAGGUCCCCACGGGGUUGGGGGCUGGGGUAGAGAGCCAAGUGGGUGGAGCUUCUCCGGACUCCGAGCUGGAAACCCUGAGACAGGCGCUGGAUGGAGGUAUGGAGUCUCGAGAGUCGAAGGAGAAAUUCCUGCAUGAGAUUCUGAAGAUGAGAGUGAAGCAGGAGGAGAAGCUGGGCUCAGCUCUGCAUGCCAAACGCAGCCUUCAGCAGGAGCUGGAGUUCCUGCGUGUGGUAAAGAAGGAGAAGCUGCGUGAAGCGAGUGAAGCGAAGCGCGCUCUGCGUAAAGAGAUGGAGCGACUGCGAGCGGAGAACGAGAGGAAGAUGAAGGAAGCCAACGAGACUCGAGCUCGACUCACCAGAGAACUGGAGGAAGCCAAGCAGCUGCGCAAAUGUGAUAAAGGCUGUGAGGCCGGACGCAUGCGUGCUAAAUACUCUGCUCAGAUCGAGGAGCUGCAGAUGAAGCUCCAGCUGGCCGAGGCGGAUCGUGAGCAGCUCCGCUCUGAUCUCCAGCGGGAACGUGAAGCUCGUCAGCACCUGGAGAAGGUUGUGAAAGAGCUACAGGAUCAGCUGUGGCCCAAAACCACGGAGGAAACACACACAGAGCUCACGGGGAAAACACCUUCAGCUUCUUCUGCUUCAAACGCUAAAGAGUCCAGCAAUUAACACACACUCUGUCUAUAGACACACACACACAGUAAUCUUGAAGAGGGAGAGACCCUGUACAGUGACUGAAGACAUUGUAAUGAAAAAGAAAAAAAGGCAGAUGUGUAAAAAUAGAGGAAGAUACUGAAGCAAAAAACCAGGAAGUGUGUGCAGCGGUUGCGAGCUCUGACUCCGCCUCCUCCUCAUCAACACUCGGGAUGCGUGGAGACAAAUGCAGAGCGCUUCAUCUUACAGUUUAGUCACAGUUUACAGAAGGAGUACCAUGAUGUAUUUGUAAAAUUUUGUGUAAAGCGAUCCCUAUGUUAUCAUUUUUUAAAAAUUCUAACAUGCUCUUUUAUUAGCGUGUUUACGGUAGACCUGUUCCUCCUGGAAUUACGCUAAUUUGGUGUCUCAGUGGGAUGGGCGUGUCCCUCUGGAGCUUUAUAUCCUAUUAAAUAUAAACACCUUCAUACAAAUAUUUAAUAAACGAGCACACACAUAUUCUCGUGCUCAAGACUUUUUAAAAAAAAAACAAACAAAAAAAAACAGAGGCUUUUAUACAAAUUUAAAAUGGAAACUUUGGAGGAUUUCGGAGACGAAUCAUUUUCGUCCUCUUCUCAUAAACCUUAAGAAAGUGUGUGUUUUUACACUCGCCUCCUUUUCUAACAAACUGUUUAUCAGACGAGUUACUAUACAAAAACUUUCUGUUUUCAAUUCCUUUUCAGAGAAAUCCUAUGUGUUGCUUGCUAUCAUUGCUAUUACAUCAUUUCUUAAUAAGUGUACACACACACACACACACACACACACACACAUAUAUAUA